AUGUCUUCAAAGCCCAGAACAGGCUGUCCUCCUAAGGUGAAUGACCAGACUACAUCUUACAUUGCGCGCUUGAUGAAGAAAGAUGAUCGACCCAGCUGGGCUGCUAUUGCGGCAGGUGUCGAUAGAGGGCUCUCGAAGUCAACAGUCGGGCGUGUUACAUGCAGCCAAAAUGCCUACAAAUUGUCUCAAGAAAAAGCCUCAACACCGUUGACGGUGAAGAAAGCGAGAAAGAAGGCAGUAGCAGUUUACGCAAAGUCGGAAACUGCAGAGUGA